ACACUAGAGGGCGGUCGAUCCAAUUUAAUUUGUUUGAUCAAUGAAUACAAGUGGAGAAGUAAAACGAUCAAAGUGUAAACAUCAAAUUAUACCUAUCUAAAAUAACAUAUUUUUACUAGAAAAAAUAUAUUCAAGAUUUUAGUAAACGUCAGUUUGUACAAUUAAAAUGGUUCCGUUAAUAAAGCCACAAAAAAGUCUAAUACAGCGUGCUCAGAUUACCAGCAAUCCACAGGAAGCAAUUUCGGAGUAUUUCCAAUCAAAGUUAGAGGAUCAUCAGAUAAAAAAAUAUCCAGAAUGGGACAUAGCCAGAGUGAGUCCAGCGGCAGAGCUAAUAAAGGCACGUCAAGAAUUAGCAUUGGCUGGUACAGAAUUAUCUGCAAAACGAAAGGAGCAAUUAGAAAAACGUAAAGUAAUGGAUGAGCAGUGGAACGAUUUGAGACAAAAGGAAGAGUUGCUUCGACAAUCCUUUAUAAAAUUUAAUAAGUUUGCUAAAGAGAAUCAAGAGAAACGCGAACGUGCUGAGCAUAAGAUCAACGACGAACUUGAGCGACAAGCUGCUCGUAAUGCAGAGGCAGAAGAGCUCCAAGAAAAAAUGAAUCGUCUCCAAGAAAUAAAAUACAAUAUGCAAAAGCAUGUAAAGGAGUAUAAAAUGUAUCAGAAUUAUCUGGAAAAAGUCGUGAAUGAGACAGGCCAAUUCCAAUCUAUCAGCGACGUGUUCAACCGUUACGAAACCUUGGCGGAGGCGAGAGCCUCUCUAUCGGAGACCCAGGAUAAGAAUCUUGAAGCACUCGAAGUUACCGGUACAGAAAUGUACCACAUGACGGAAGAGAAGUCCCAAAUCUUAAUGGGACUGAACAAUCAACUAGCCCAACUUCAAGGUCGAUAUGACAGAGCGAAGCUUCGGGCUCUACGCUGGGAAACUAUGGUAUCCAGAAUAAAGGCAACGGCAGCCGCAAAAAACCUAGAACUCACUCAAGUAAAGUCCUGCUGCUGGAAUAUUUAUAAGCAGAUAUGCAGAAGAAAGGAUAUCCCUAUAGAAGUGCAAAAAGAUGAUAUAGAGAAUCAAUUAGUGCAUAUAAAACGUACGAUAUUGGAAUUGAAAAGAAUUACACGGGUGGCCAAGAAGAAGGCUGCAAAAAGAAGAGGCUCGUAACUUUUGUAAAGUGGAAUUGAAGUAGCAUGACCUUGCUUCAUCAAUUUUAAAGUGAAAAGCGUGUGCAGGAAAGGAACAAAAUAAAUAAAGGAAUAUGCAACAU